AUGGGUAAGAACGUUUUAUUGUUGGGUUCUGGGUUUGUAGCACAGCCUGUUGUUGAUACUUUAGCUGCCACUGAGGGGAUUAAUGUUACAGUUGCAUGCAGAACAUUAGAAAAUGCAAAAGAUUUGGCUGUAAAAUCUGGUUCAAAGGCUAUCUCAUUAGAUGUUACAGAUGAUAAUGCUUUAGACACAGUAUUAUCAGAGCAUGAUCUAGUAAUUUCAUUAAUUCCAUAUAUCUACCAUCCAAAUGUAGUAAAAAGUGCUAUUAGAACUAAAAAGGAUGUUGUUACUACAUCUUAUAUCUCACCGGCCUUGAAGGAAUUGGAGCCAGAGAUAAAAAAAGCAGGUAUUACAGUAAUGAACGAAAUUGGUUUAGAUCCAGGUAUUGACCAUUUAUAUGCUGUCAAAGUCAUCGAUGAGGUACAUAAGAAAGGUGGUAAACUUAAAUCAUUUAUUUCUUACUGUGGUGGGUUACCAGCACCUGAAGAUUCUGACAAUCCUUUAGGCUAUAAGUUUUCUUGGUCUUCUAGAGGUGUUUUGUUAGCUUUGAGAAACUCUGCCAAGUACUAUAAAGAUGGUGAAUUGGUUCAGGUCACAUCUGAAGAUUUAAUGAAGUCUGCCACUCCAUACUUCAUUUAUCCAGGCUACGCCUUUGUUUGCUAUCCUAACAGGGAUUCCACUGCUUUCAGAGAACUUUAUGAAAUUCCGGAAGCUGAUACAGUAAUUAGAGGUACUUUAAGAUACCAAGGAUUCCCAGAAUUUGUAAAAGUUUUGGUUGAUAUGGGUUUCCUUAAGGAAGAUCCUUCACCAAUUUUCGACAAACCUAUUGCUUGGAAUGAAGCUAUUCAUCAGUAUAUUGGCAGUGCAUCUACUUCAAAAUCUGAUAUAAUAAAGAAGAUUGAUAGUUUAACAAGCUGGAAGUCUGAAGAAGAUAGAGAGAGAAUCUUAAAUGGCUUUGGUUGGUUAGGCUUCUUCUCAAGUACCCCUAUUACACCAAAGGGUAAUCCAUUAGAUACUUUAUGUGCUACUCUAGAAGAUUUAAUGCAAUACUCUGAAACAGAACGUGAUAUGGUCGUAUUACAACAUAAAUUUGGUAUUGAAUGGAAGGAUGGUACUACUGAAACAAGAACCUCUACAUUAGUUGAUUACGGUAAACUAGGUGGAUACAGUUCCAUGGCAGCUACUGUUGGUUUCCCAUGUGCUAUUGCUACAAAAUUAGUAUUAGAUGGAAAGAUAAAGGGCCCAGGUUUGCUUGCUCCUUAUACUCCUGAAAUUAAUGAUCCAAUUAUGAAGGAAUUAAAGGAAAAAUACGGUAUCUUCCUCGUAGAAAAGACCUUAGCUUAA